AUGCGUUCUAUUGAUGAAACGAUCACCCACAACGUCGACAGAAUGGACUAUAAUAAUUUCAUCGGGCAACUUCGUUUCAUCCUCGCGAACCACCGCGACAACCCAAAGCAGCAUGUCCGCGACCUCCAUAGGAAAAUCCGUUACGUGCUUCCCAAGCAGAGGCAUUCCAGAGAGCCGGAUAGGUGGAUAUACAUCAAGCUUGAACUGGACGACGGCGCAGAGACGACACUAAGGGUCCGGGACGACAACGUUUACCUGACUGGCUUCGAGAAUAAGGAAGGAGAAUUGUUCGAGUUUGGUUUCUCGGGGACGACGAUGAUUGACGGUAGCAAGAAGAAGAGCAGGCCUAUGGUCCGAGACAAAGAGUCCAGGUUCUUGGAAUGCGAUGUCAACUACGGGAGCCUAGUACAUGGAGGGGCGGGGAAGCUUGUGAAAAUGUGUCUUGGCCCAGAGCCCGUGCGCUCAGCCGUGCGCUGGCUAUCAGGCUACUCACAAGGUGAAGGCGGCAGGGUUGACGAGCGCACCAAACGUGCACUGGCAUUUCUCAUGGUGAUGGUUUGCGAGGCCACAAGAAUGCGCCCGCUCCAGAUGCAGGCGGGCUGGCAGGCCAAGUGGUGCUGCACCGACCGCAAGCACGUGGACUACAUCUGGGGUUGGGGCGACAUGUCUGAGGCCCUGCUGCGGUGGGACAGGGAGUCGGGCAACUUCAAAUUCCCCCAGUGUCUGAGGGAUAUCGGGGUCGGGAGCGCAUUGAAGGCAUUUGGUAUAGUUGAGCUGCUGCUUAACACGCCCAUUCAUCGUCCGCCCCGAUGGCGGGGGGAGCGGUACCAGCCAGGGCGGCCCGCGGCAGGUGACGACGACGACGCCAGGCGAUCGGAGCAACAGCGCCGCCGCGCGGCAGGUGACCGUGGCGGUCAGAGGCCCGCUGCAGGUGAACAUGGCAGCGGAUCCAGGGGGCAGCAGCAGUCUCCCCCUCCUCCUCCUCCUCCUAACAAAAAAAGGAGAACCGAGCAGCAGCAUGACCAGGACCAGCAGCAGCAGCCGUCUGACAAGGGCAGCGGGGAUUCCCACCAGCAGGAGACACCAUCGGAAUCGCCUGCUGACGAUUUCGUGGCCCGUGGCCGGCCAUUGGUGGAGGUGUUCGCCGUGCGCGCCGGCUUCCAUUUCGUCGGCACCAUUUCCGUGUUCGACGGCAUGCGCGGCCAGGUCAUCUACGAGAUGGGCAACAAUGGCGGUGCUCCUCCUAUCCAUGGCUCCUCUUCGAGCUCGGGUGACGACGACCAGCCGCGGCCGCUGCUGCUGACUGGGCCAUACCGAGCCAUCUCCGCGUACGGGAGCUUUACCAUUGAGGUUGACAUCAGCGGCGCCGGAGACGUUGGUGAGCUGGAUUGGGACUGCUACGACCAAGCAAAGGUUUACGACAGGCAAGUUACAGAGACCAUCACAACGAGCAGCAGCGGCCGGAAGGUACACGUGACCUACGCGGUGCUGAGCGACGCCGUGGAUGCCGAAUUGGAAGUCCACCUUCGCCUCCCCGGAGCCACUGCCGCCGCCGUCUACGGUCGCAUCGCCACGCGCAGCAAGGCGUUCCAUGAUGAAGACACAUCGUGGAGCGUGCUGUUCGACUCGGAGGUCGAGGGGGUGCUGCUCGUCGCCGGUACCCGGUUGCCGCUGGCACGGUCUGUCGUGGCCAUGCCACUUGGUUCGCCGCUCCUGAUAACGGCAACCCUGUACGAUGCACCACCAAGCCAACAUGGUGUCAGCCCCGUCUUUCAAUUCCAGGAUAUGGAGCUCACCCUUGAUAUGAGGAGAUGCUCUGCCAACAACGGCGGCGGCGAGUUUGAAGUCAGCAUCACCUCGCCUGACCACUAUCCCCGGCCAAGGCGAAAUGACACUGCGACCCCACGACCAAGGCCUACCAACCACUAUGGUUGUUCGUGA